UCCACCGUCUACUACUGAAAAAUGAGGCAGUAGUAAAGACAGUUCAACGAUAAGUUAGCUGUAUGUUUAAAAAUGGAGGUUAGGUUGUAUUAAUUCGACUUCGGUUCUCCUUGUACGAAUAUAAAAUCAAAAAUAUGAAUGAAAAAGACAAAACUGAGAUGGAAGCGGAUAGUCAAGUAGAGGAGGAAGGCUUGAGGAAGGAAGAGAUUAAGAAAAUUAUCCGUAAAGAAGAUUUAACUCCGUUUUUCGAACAAAGUGAUCACAGUGUCAACAAAGUAUACUUUUCGGAGGUUCCGGAAGUCUGCAAGGAUGAGCCAUGCCAGCUGGGGGUGGACGAAGCAGGCCGCGGUCCAGCUUUAGGCCCAAUGGUCUACGGGAUCUCAUAUGCUCCGCUGUUACGGAAACAGCUGCUUGUCGACCUGGGCUGCGCCGACUCCAAGAGCUUGAAGGAAGAGAUGCGCGACAAGAUAUUCGACGACAUCUGCGAGCGUCACAAUAGCAUGGGCUGGGCGAUCGAGGCAAUAUCGCCCAACGUCAUCGCCAACAGCAUGUAUCGCCGCACCAAAGUCUCGCUGAACGAAAUCUCCAUGAUAUCAGCAACGAACCUGAUCCGUGGCGCGAUCGAGGCCGGCGUGAACGUCACCGAGGUCUACGUGGACACCGUCGGCAGGCCAGAGUCUUAUCAGGCGCGACUGGCGCGCGAAUUUCCUGGCGUGAAGAUCGUCGUGGCGAAGAAGGCUGAUGCGACCUACCCGAUCGUCAGCGCGGCCAGCAUAUGCGCCAAGGUGGCGCGAGACCACGCGCUGCGCGCGUGGCGAUUCCGUGAGGCCGACGAGUUUGCAAGCGAGUACGGCAGCGGCUACCCCAACGAUCCGGCGACCAAAGCCUGGCUGGCCUCGUCCGUGGACCAGGUGUUCGGCUACCCGCAAAUCGUCCGUUUCAGCUGGUCCACCGUCGAGCAAAUACUCGAGUCGAAAGCGUUGCCGGUGGAAUGGGAGGAAGCCGAGACGGAGAGGAGCCCGAACGAGCAAAAGAUCCAGAAGUUUUUCUUCAAGCUGUCGGCCGACUCGCGUAACGCUCACGCGAAGAAGCAUCCGUUCUUCACGGAACGCUGCUUAUCCAACGCGACAGUUUUAUGACGCUUGUUUGCGCCUGAAUUCCUCCUUUCUAGUAGUAAUAAUUGCGUUUUAAGGAUUUGUGAGAAGGGAGAUAAAGAAAUCGCCACGAUCAUUGUUGUCUUUUUAUAUGCACUUUAUUUUUAAUAUUUAAUAAACUCACGAUGAUCUUUUUUAUAAUUAAUUGGGAUUAUAUACAUAUGAAACAUUCGGAAUAAAGAACGAAUUAAAUUAAAUGAACGUGUCUCUCUUGCUCCGAAUGCCUCAUACCUGGAAGUAUUUAAGAAUGCAAUCCGAUAUUUUCUUCACACAUUACGGUUUUAUUAGAUCGAUGUACAACACAUUUUUCGAGAGAGAGACUCGUGCGAUUUACUGAA